AUGGUCGAAACGCGAACGCAACGGAAUGGCGCUUCUUACGCCGCUAGGAAAGAGCGAAGAGAGAAGGCUGCCGUCAAGCGAAAAGAGGCGCAAAAGCCCAAUUUGGUUCCCAAAAAGAAACCGAAGUCAAAGAAGAAGCCUGCCCAGAGAGCACCUCAGCGUCGACGACAAAGAGCUAUUCCCGGUGAGCUGAAAAAAGUUAGGACUUACGUUUUUCAUGCAAAUCUAUUUCAGAAACUUCGAGCACGUCUGGUGCGAAUCUAUCACAGCCGGUCACAAUCUUGAACCAAGUGCUCCAUGAAACAGCGGCAGCGCCAGCAACAGUGGCAGUGGCAGCGCCGACGGCAGUGCCAGCGCCAGUGGCAGCCGCCGAGCCUGCUCCAGAGCAAACCACGGAGCUUAUUGAAGAACUGGUCCUGGAGUCUAUGGAUUCAGUGCCUGAACUCUCUGAAAUGUUUAAUGAAAAUCAAACGUUGAAUGAGGUGGCGCAGCCAUUGAAUUAUACGGCCACAUCUCAAUCACGGAAUGAUGUUCUCAACAAAAACGAGGAGAAUUCCGCAAGAAAUGAAGAUGAAGACUUGGCAGCUCCUCCUUCCGAAAAAGACUUCCCAGAAAAGAUAAUGAAUGCCUUGGAAGACGGUCUUCAAAAUGCGGAAAGACAGAUUGAAAAAAGUGUCAGACCGUCAACGGAAGGGUAUGCCUGAUGCACCGUAGACUCAUUAAACAUUUCUUUUCAGAAACACCGAAAACGAGAUGGUCGUUCAGUCGAACUCAACACCUUCUGAUUGUGCAAGAGAACGGUUUCCAGUUCCCAGCUACAAUCAAAUCAGUAGAAACAAACGUAUCAGCCAAAUGCCAGCCGGGAGAACAAAAAAAGAACUGUAAAUAACAGCUAGCAUAUGUAUUGUGGUAAUAACAAAUGUUUUCCAGAUGUGAUUGCCCGAAGAACAACAAAAACUGCUCGGACAACUCGUGCCUGAACCGAGCAAUGUUGAUGGAAUGCCCUGAGACCUGCUGCAGAAACUGUCAGAACCAGAGAUUCAAAAAGAAAGAAUACGCAAACUUGGAGGCGUUCAACACUGGAACCGCGAAAGGAUGCGGCCUCCGUGCAACUGGUCCCAUCAAAAAAGGAUCUUUUCUCAUAGAAUAUGUUGGAGAAGUCAUGAACAAAAAGGAUUACGAACGACGGAAGAAGGAGUACGCACGGAAUGGGAACCAACGUCAUCACUACUUUUUCGACACAGUUGGCUUCACAAUUGAUGCAACCCGAAGCGGCAACAUUUCGAGAUUCGCGAAUCACAGUUGUGAUCCGAACACAAUAGCUGAAAAAUGGUUUGUCCCAAGAACACGUGGAAACAUGCUGCGGAUAGGAUUUUUUGCACUUAGAGACAUUGUCACAGACGAGGAAAUCACUUUCGACUAUCAGUUCGAGAACUAUGGGUGAGCCAUUUCAAGUCCACACAUUUUCUUCUUAUCAUAACAGUUUUCAGAAAAGAUGCACAGAAAUGCUACUGCGGAGCCAGUGUUUGUAAGGGAAUAAUUGGACGAUCACCAAAGACUUUGUCGGAGGAGGAGGAAGAAGAGGAAUUGCCGACUGCAGAAGAAGAGGGACUGCUCAGAGCCGUUGAAACAAUGAGAACGCGUGAGAGGAAACUUGUGAUAUCGAAAGUGCUGAAAAGCAUGGCCAUUGGAAACAGAAAGUACGCCAGACGGGUCGUCGCUGUUGCCGAGAAAAUGACCGACCCCUCCCAGCGUCAAAAGUUGCUGAAGAAAAUGUUCACCGCCGACACCGCAAGCCAAACUCAAGCUCGAUAUGCUCAUUUGAUGGCACCACUGAUGAUCAAGUGGCUCGGUGAGCCGGAUCGCACUGGACCGCAUUUAGUUUUCGUGCAACAGAUUCUGUUGAGCUUGGUCAAAGAAUGUUUCAUUAAUGUGGCCAAAGAAACACCCGAUCUUAUUGAAAAGUCGGCGAGUUGGUGCGAAAGUACGUUGAAUGACAACGCAGAUUGCUUCAUCGUCACAGAAGCCAUGGUGUCGUCAAUUGGAGAAAACUUUGAAAAGUACAAGGAUGUACAGAAAACCAUUGCAACUGAAUUGGAGAGCAGUCUCAACAGGACGAAGGAAAUUGCGCGACGACUGAAGAGACAUUGGUUCAAUCGAUCAGUGUCUUUCAGAAUUCCGAAAAAAGCGCGACUACCGGAGCCCGCAACGACUGCUGAGGAGAAGGACUACCGGGUUAGUCCGAUCCCAAUUGAUGCAGCUUCUCCCCCAGAUGAGCUUCCUCAACGCAAUGGAGACGAUAGCAGGAAUUGGAAUCAAACGGAGGGCUCUCGCUACGAAAGAAAAAGCUGGAGAGAAACCCUCGUGAACAGAACCCCUCGUGAUCGCAACUACCGCUAUCACCAUAAAUCUCAACAAAAUUCUGGAAACGACCGUCGUCAAUGGAAUCACCAGUCGCCUAUGUGCUCUCCUGAAGGAUACAAAAGAAGGAGAAUUGAAAAUCAAGAAGGCUUAUCGGAAUUUGAAAGUCAUCCGUAUAUGAGAAGCAAUUGGCAAUCUUCACAGCAUCACAGAAAUAACAGGCCGAUCUAUCAAACAAGUUGGAAUUUUGAAGAGGAGGCGACUGGAUACACGCAAACUCCGGUUUAUUUCCCGGCGGUUCCACCGAUGAACGAAAGUUCUCUAGUGACAUGUGCUCAAAAAGCUUCGCUCGGAGUGCCACAAACAUUUGGUAAGUGAAUGAGUAUUUCAAAAAAAAGUGGAAUGUUUUUACGACAACUUGUUUUAUUUCUAAUUUCAGGACCGUCGCCUCAACUCGUUCAAGAAAGUUAUGAAAUUGUGACGAAGAUGGAAAAAAAGCUCGAACCACUUUUUGUUUGGCUGCCAACCGAAGAUUUGAUGUAAGUUUGAUGUAAUAUCGGAAACUUUUGCGAAACAAAAACUCAAAAAAGGCGAUGCGCCGCGAAAUUAUCUGAUAUGAACGAACUCGUGAUAUUCCAGAAAGCAACGAGAUGCGGCUGAAGCAGAAGUGCACUACCUCAAUAGUCUCAUCCACAAAUGUCCAAAGGAUGGGAAAAGAGAUACGGAACAGCAGGCUCAGGCAAUUGGGUUCUCAAAACAAGAAGCGAGCUCGUCAUCUCAAAUUGAAAGGAGAGACCAGCAAGAAAUCACUGCGAAACAACCCGACCGUCCAGACUUUGGAACGGAGCUUCAAAAAUUGGUUGACUCUGAAGUCAGGACUAUGGAAUUGUCAGAGGCGACCGAAAAUAAGAUUCAAUGGCUUGUCAAAAUCCUCACUAAAGAGCUUCUCAAGAAACGGAACGAGGAGGAAAUGAGCAAAAUGCCGGAGCUACGCAACUUCCAUUUCAAAAUGGACAAGGGGAUGGAGAAAAAAGUAAUGAUGAGGUAUUAGUUACAAAUAACAAUAAAACAAUUUUCAGGCGCAUGAGUAUAUAAUCGGGUUCGUCGCUAGAAAGAAUGGCGAAAACGCUCUCUGGAAAAAUUACAUGCACAUGCCAUGA